CACGUGUGAAGUUGUAGUAUUGAAUUGUCAUAAAAUCCUGGAAGUCCCCACCAAAAAUUCCAAAAUUCAAUCUCGGCCCCUCCCAAGAAUAUCCUUUUGUGUCACGAACAUUAGCAAUGAAGUUCAAAAGAAUCAUUCCACCAGAAAAAAAUUCCCCAAACUACUUUGACAUCCACUAUGAGUUCCAACAAUGAUGUUUAUCAACACCGGGUGGUCAGCAUUGGCUCACUUCUUCUCUCAGCGUAUGGAAACGUUCAAUUGCUCUUCAACUACGGCAAAUUGAGCGGAGAAAUCAGCACCACACCGUUCCUGAACUUUCUUAUCUUCAUGAUUGUGUACUGGGCCGUGUACUACUUGGUACAGCUCGUGUACCUUAACCGGGUGGUCAGUGUCAAUGUCGACAGCAGUGAGACCAAUGCCCUUGCCAUCACCCAUAACUUGAUUUCCUUCAACACCUUCACGUUCAUCUGGAGUCUUUUGUUUCGGUUCCGGUGGUAUGUGGUUAGUGAAAUCGUGGUAAUCAUCGAGUUGUUUGUGAUUUUGAACAACUACCUCAACUACAAAAUAUAUGCGUUCAAGCCGUUGAAGAACUUUUUGUUGAUCAACUUGACCAACGGGUCGUUGCCAUUGUCGUGGAUUUUUUUUGUGCUUUUCUGGAACGGCGCCUUGAUGGUCCACUCCACCGGCUUUGUGGCUCGGGUGCUUGCCAACAUUUUUAUCUGGGACUUUUUGAUCAUUGGGGUUGUGUUUUUGACGUUGUUCAAUGAUUAUACGGUUGGAUUCAGCUUGAGUUACUUGGUGUUGGGAAUGGCGUUGAAUCAGUUAUUCACCAAGUUUGUGGCAUUGCAGUGGAUCUUUGGGUUUAUUAUCAGUGGGUUGCUUUUGGUGAUUAGCGUGGGGACCAUUUUGCUCAAGCCCAAGUUGAAAGACCAGAUCGUGGUGCAGGAGGAGUCGGUGGGGUCGGCGACCGCACCGCUCUUGGGCGGAAACUAGUGUGGGAGCGCGCCAGCACCGGCCAUCUUGCGAAUGAGGUCUUGACGAUGGGUUUGUGGGGGUUUGUUAGCCGCUAGCGAUGUGUAGUUCAAGAGGGGCUUGUGCUGGACGAUGGCGCCGAUAGUGUCUUUGCGGGCAGUGGCAACAAACAGGUCACGGGUCAGGUCUGGCGUUCCCAACCCCUGGUACUUUGUUUUUAAAUAGGUGUAUUGAUUAGCGUCUCUAACUUUAUCAGACAUCGAAGAAG